UCUUAUUUCAGUUAUAUUCAUGGAAUAUUAUGAUUGCAUAUUGUAAUUAAAAGAAAAGAAUUUAAAAAAAAAUUAAAAACUAUAAAAAAAUUCAAGUAUGAACAAAUAACAUUCACAUAGAACAAGUGGCGCAUCUACUGUGACAUAGGAUUUAUUGUUUGAAUAAUGCAUAUGGAGCAUGCUUUUGUUUUAAUAAGUGUGUGCUAAAAUUAGGAAAUAUGGGAUGUACCCUUUGGAACUGAUGCAGAUAUAAUACAAGUAUGAUUACAUGUAUGUACACAUUCAUUUCAAAAACUAAAUAGAAGAACACAAUCAUUUAGUGAAGGCACAACAAACAUGUAUUUAUCAAAUAUUUUCACUCUAAGACACAUCAAGAAGUCCUUCAAUAUCUUAGCCAUAAUUGCCUUAAUAAUGACCAUAGGGUGCAGAGUAUGGCAAACUUGGAUAUUCCAAAGCGUGGAUCAGUUGCACAAUGCCUCUGUGUGUAAACCAAAAAUGAACAUAGUAUUUGUGAAAAUACCUAAAUGUGCAAGUUCAACUGUUACUAAUAUCUUCCAAAGAUAUGGUGAGAAACAUCAUCUCAAGUUUCUGCUUCCUGAGAAUAAUUAUUUUCUUGGGGGUUACCCGGAACCUUUUACAAUCCUACCAGAAUAUCGCGGACACCAGUAUAACAUGAUGGUGAAUCAUGUGAUAUUUAAUGCAAAACCUAUACAAGAUCUAAUGCCGAAUGAUACUGUAUACAUUGGGGUUGUGAGACAUCCUGUAUCACAUCUUAAGUCUAUUUAUAAUUUUUUCCAUCUUUGGGAAAGUGGCCUACCUGCUUUAGAUCAGUUCGAGGAAAACCCAUUAUUGUAUUAUAGAAAGGCAAAUACAUAUUUAACAAAGAUGCGAAUUAGAAACUUUCAAAGUUAUCAUUACAAGCUUCAAACUACAGCCAAACUCAACGCAACUGAAGUUGAACGAUUUGUACAUAUCAUUGAUGGACAGUUUGAUUUUGUUAUUGUGGCUGACCAUUUAAAGGAGUCUCUGCUACUGUUAAAGGACUACCUCUGUUGGAGUAUGGAGGAUAUACUAUUUGUGUCUCAUAAGGUCAGGGAUUAUGAUCAUCCAAAUGGGGAGCAUAACCAAGAUUUAGAAAUGGUGGAGAGAAAUAUAAGAAACUGGAGUUCUGCAGAUUUUGCUCUGUUUGAACAUUUUAAUGAAACUUUAUGGAGUAAGAUUGCAAGUAAAGAUUCUAAUGUCUUUCAAGAUGAACUAACUGAAUAUAGCAAGCAACUUGAAAUUGUGAAUAAGGCAUGUUUAAAGUAUGACCUUUCAGCUUUCUCUUAUGGAAAUGGGACAUUUUCCAAUGAAGAUAAUUCCCACAAAGAUGAAGUUCUCUCAAAGAGAGAAACAUUUUCUAAAAGAGAUUUUUCAGACAAGAAUGGAGUUAAUCCAAAGAGAGAUACAUUCUCUGAAAGAGAUACUAAAAAUGACUCUGAAUUCUCACAAUGUGCUAAAAUGUAUUUGAAACCACCAUUAUAUGUGAUGCGUCUUAAGG